AUGAUUGUGGCAAAAGGUGUGAACAUUGGUUACGAAUCGCGAAAUCUGUUUCAAUUCGUGCCUCAAAUUCAUUGUUCACUCAAAUUAUAUGAGAAAAAAGACUCAAACGGUUCGUCAGUUUUGCGCAUAAAUAACGUAACUAUUAGCAAUUGGGAGACAUAUUUGGAAAAGUUAUUUAAGAUUCAAUGGGUGGACAUCGAGAAGAAGAGGUCGCCAUUCGUUAAGUUUGAUGAUAAUGGCGAAGAAGUUGCGCUCAAAUUCAGUGAUUUGCCGCUCCGAACGAAAGUCGAUAUAAUUCACUGUUUAUGUGAUUAUAGACUUUAUUCGGACGAUAUCUCGCAAUUGGUUAACGAUAUUAGUGGUGAUGAAUAUCGUGUAGAACCGCUCGGAACUGAUAGCAAAGAACAGAAGUGGAGCUCAAGAAACAGACACUUCUUGAGGAAAAGCGAAAGAAAGAGGCGGAGAAACGAAACCGAAUGUUACCGAAAGCCUGACCUGAGUCCGUCUCUUUCAGCCUGGUUUCAGACGGUUUGCCAUAGUAUAAGUGAACGACAAGAGGCCUGGAGUUUGUUCUGUAAGACUGAGGAGGACUGGAAAGAGUUGUGCCUAAACGAAAUUUUUGAGAAUCAAGAGAAGGAGAGACAGAAAGUGGAGCGACAAAAGCUGUUGGAAUUAUUGCCGCGAAGAUUGUCCUCAAGAAUUGAAUUGAAGAAAAUACAGAAAGAAAGGGACGAUUUGGAGGAACAGGAAAUCAGUCGUCAAAAGCAAGAGCUCAACGAACGCAAGAGUCACGAGACUGAGCGACAAAGAAGUGAGCGAAUCAAACACGAUAGGCAACAGAGGGCUGAGAAGAGACUUCAAUUGGUCGAAGAGAGAGCCGAACGAGCGCUCAAACGGCAGGCCAUGGAGUACGAGAUGUUCGCCGAUUCCCAACAAACCGAUCAGAAUAUGGAGACCAAUGAAUCCAACGAAUCUCAGUUUCAGUACAUCCAUGAAGAAUUUAUUGAUAUACCGGUCGUUCCAACAAAUCCCAAGCAUUUACUCUAUGAUGGCUUAGAAAAAGUUAUUUGUAAUGUGAAGUCGAAUCGUGACGCCUGGCCUUUCUUAGAACCGGUCGACGGAACAAAGUUUCCGAUGUAUUAUCAAGUGAUCGAAGAACCCAUUGAUUUGUCUGCCAUUGAGAAGCGAAUUGAGGACAGAGAGUACGAGACUUUCGAAGAAGUGGAAAACGAUUUCAAACUUAUGGUUAACAAUUGCGAGACAUUCAAUGGACCCAAAAAUGGUUACACACUAAUGGCUUAUGGCGUUUGGCGUGCAUUCAAAAAGGCUUCACUUAAGCAUUUGGAACGAGAGCUCAGUUAUGAUGAGAGCAAUGCAUUUAUUUAUCCACAAAAAUGGACCAAAAAUAACACAAAACCCGCGAUUGAGGCGAAGAAAAAGAAAAUACGAAACAAAAAGAGCUCCACUUUUACAGCACUUAAUGUUUUGGCCGAAGCGGCAGAAAAGGCGGUCGAAGCCAAUGAGUCUCGACUCAUCAAAACUACUGCCGACACCGCAUGUGUGGACACAACUUCUCAUUCAAAUAGCCAUUUAUGUGACACAAACAGUAAGAGUGCAGUCACUGGAGGAGACACUGAAUCGAAAUCACUUCAAAUUCACGGCGAUAUGUGGGCUAACUUUCUCUUCAAUAAAAACCAUACCAUUGAUCGUAGCGUUACAUCAGAAGAAUCAGACACAUCGGCAACCAAUGCAUCAACACAUGAGAACUUGACGUUCAAAUCGUUGGACGAAUGGACUCUGCCUCCUCUGACUCCUCAGCCGCGCAAAGCCUUAACGGCCUUCCAAUUCGAAAGAAACAAUUUUUCGAAUCGUGACGCCUGGCCUUUCUUAGAACCAGUCGACGGAACAAAGUUUCCGAUGUAUUAUCAAGUGAUCGAAGAACCCAUUGAUUUGUCUGCCAUUGAGAAGCGAAUUGAAGACCGAGAGUACGAGACUUUCGAAGAAGUGGAGAACGAUUUGAAACUUAUGGUUAACAAUUGCGAGACAUUCAAUGGACCCAAAAAUGGUUACACACUAAUGGCUUAUGGCGUUUGGCGUGCAUUCAAAAAGGCUUCACUUAAGCAUUUGGAACGAGAGCUC